UGUCUACGUACUGUAUGCGCUUUGAACUUUAAAUCGUAAGACACCAAGGAAUGGCUAGUCAGAAAUCGUUCCCGAAUGGCUGAGUGAUUUCUGUGUCGAGCAACGAGUGUGAUCUCGAAGGGAGAGCGAGGGGAGAAACGGCGUGGAAGAUCACCCACCCUAACUUCGUAAGUUCAUCGUCAAUGCAUCCACCAUCUCCGCUAGUCAUUACUUAAGAACUAUAUUUAAAUGUCAUUGCACUUGUCCGAAGUUUUUUGGUACAUAAUGAAGCUGGUACAUCCAAUCUUCGUCUUUUUUGAAGUAGUCAGUCAUGGGCAAGAAGCUUAACAUCGUGGUGUGCGGGGCUGGACUUGCAGGACUUGGGGCCGCCAUUGCUCUGCGGAGAAAAGGUCAUGAUGUGAAUGUUCUUGAGUCUACAUCCGAGUUGACCGAAGUUGGGGCUGGUAUCCAAAUCCCGCCUAACAGCUCGAGAAUCUUGAUAUCAUGGGGGCUAGAAGACAAGUUCGCCGAGAAGGUCGUAUGGCCUGGAAGGAUGCAGAUGAGGAGAUAUGCUACUGGCGAGAUUCUAAGACUUCAAGAAGUCAAUCCUUUCAUGAGCGAUACUUAUGGUUAUCCAUAUUGGCUCAUCCAUCGAGCUGAUUACCAGAAAAUCCUCUAUGAUGCAGCGAAGGAAGCUGGGGUCCAUUUCUCUUUAGGAUGCCAUGUCGAGAGUGUAGAUGAGCAUGGACCUGCAAUCUUUCUCAGAGAUGGCCGACAAUUGGAAGCCGACUUGAUAGUGGGGGCAGACGGCAUUCGGUCGAAGAUUAGAAAAUCGAUACUCGGGAAUAAUGACCCAGGGCCAGAAGAUUCACCAAAUUGUGCAUACCGAGCCACCAUACCAGCAGAUGUUAUGAACAGCGACCCGGCCCUUGCGACUCUCAUGAGUGACCCAAACGGAAAUCUAUGGACUGGACCUGGAGGGCAUGUCAUGGCGUACCCGAUCAAGAACGCAACAUUGUAUAAUCUCGUCAUGUCGCAUCCUGGGAAAGCAAGUAUUGGGAAAAAGAUCCAUGAAAAAUGGGACAAGGUAUUGCAGAAGGUCCUAACCCAUGUUGACCACUGCUUGAAGUGGAAGCUAGCAUACAUUCCACCUCUCAAUACUUGGGUGAGUGAAAGUGGGAAGGUAGUCAUCAUAGGGGAUGCAGCACACGGAAUGCUGCCAUAUAUGGCACAAGGAGCUGCAGUCUCUAUUGAAGACGCAGCCGCACUCGCAGAAGCUGUCUCUCGUGCCCGCUCCAAUGACGAUCUUCUCCAUCUCCUCAAAGCAUUUGAGACAGUCCGAAAACCGAGGUGUGAAGAUAUAUCAAGAAGUAAACAUGUUAAUGCAGUUGUCUGGCAUCUCCCUGAUGGUCCCGAACAAGAGAAGGGAGAUGCAACUAGCAAAGCCAAAAUGCGGAAGAAACUUGAAAAGGACAAGGAGGCUGGGAUAACAGGAGGUAUGGAGGGGAAGUGGAAUGAUGAGGCGACUAUGCCGGGACUGUUUGGAUAUGAUGCCGUAAAAGAGAUGAACGUGUAUCUGGAUAGCUUUGCAUCAAGUCAUGACACUCGUCUUUAGCAGAGC